AAGCUCCGUAAGGGCCGAGAGAGAAUCCUCCAACCCUUGUGGUAUAGUGGGAAGUUUGGUUAAAGUGAGAGGAAUCGGGCCUCGAAUAAGUCUGAAGGCGAAGUCGACCGCCAUGUGGAGUUGGUUCGCACUCGUGUUGAUCUCCCGAGCCAGCUGCUCGGCGAUCUCCAAUUUGAAACGGGACGAGAUGAUCACAGAAUGCGGAAAACCCUGGGAAUUCCGGAAAGGAGUCGAUAAAGAACUCGCCCUUGUCGCGAAUUACGCAGCCCAUGUUGCGUCUCAGAGGUUCAAAUUUGAACGCAAAGAUGUUCUUGUACGUCUGAUCGGGGGCUUCGUCAAGGAAUGCAGAUAUCCGAAGUAUCGAAUCGAGGCCGAGUUCACGUCUUCAAACUGUACGAUGACCGGCAUGCCCUCGUACGAGCCGGAUGACUGCGUAGCUUUGCCCGGAGCGCCCAUCAAAUAUUGCAAAAUCUACCUAUUUGUACCGAAGCACCAGGGUGGACGUCUGGUCACUUACGACUGCAAAGAAGAGUACCUGGGCCCCGAGUGGAAGCCUCGAGGGAUGACAAUGAAUGAAGAAUUACUGUCCAGCAAUCGAGAGCCGCUCUAUAUGACCGACGACCGCCUCGACGCUGUCUCUUCCGGAGUUAGUCCAUUCUUCCUCCUAUUCUGCGCGUGUCUUCCUGUGGCCGGACUUGUAGUCCUAUACAGAAUAUGGUGA